AAUACUCGCUUGGCAAUAAGUUUUCACUUUGUCGUGACUGUUUGUAUCCCUGUUGAAUCGUCUUUCUUAUCAGCUGUUAUCACUGAAGCUAAAAAAAAAAUGCCUCAAAGUGCCACUUCCUCCUGUGGAAAGCAGUCGGGCAGCAGUGCUUUCACUCGCCGCUAUCGCACUCGAGCCCUCACCUCUCAUGUGGACGAGACCCUCUUUGGGACACUAAAACAGCAUUCUGCUGGGGAUAUGAAAGACGAUCCUGAAUGGGGGAGCGUGAGAUCGAGGUCACGUUCUGCUCCUGCUCCCAAAGAGCCAAAGACAGAGACAGUGCGCAUCAUCACUAAAGACCUCAUCAGGGACCUCAGAAUCCCAAAUGAGGACCCAUCUGGGCAGUCUGUCAUCCUCUCCUCGGCUGAGUUCAGGCGAAUUGUGUUGGAAUCUCAUGUUACCAGUUUAGAAGAGAAGGCAGCUGUGCUGGAGUCCCAACGGCAAGCACGCGAGGAAGCCAUGGAUGCUGCAGAGCAGAGAAAAGCACAGAUGCGUCAGGCGGACCUGUCUCGACAAAAGAACCAGAACCUCAGUGAGCUCGAGGCAGAGGCAAGGGACCGGGCUCAGUACCUGUUGGAACGGGCCAACACCCUGAGAAUGGAACAAGAGGAUGAAGUCAAGAAGCUCAAUGAGUUAAUUCAGGAAGUGCAGUGCCAUGUUGUCCGGGACGUGCAGAUACAGGAGAAGAAACUCAACAGUGCAGAGUGGUUGGAGGAAGAGAAGAGACUGGAUGCCAUGAUGGAGGUGGAGCGUCGCCGGGCCUUAGAAACCCAGGAACAAAUUGAACAGCUGCGAAAGCAGCAAAGGAUAAAUGGGAAGAUGUGUAUCCUGGACCAGAUCCAGAUGUGUCUGGAGGAGAAAAUGCUACAGGAUGAGUUGAAGGAGCAGGAGGGUCAACAGUUGUUGGAAAACAUGGAGAGGAUGCAGAUGGAGGAGCUCAAAGCCAUUGAAAGGAGGAAGGAGGAGCAGAGGAAUUUACUUCAAGAGAUUCAGAAGAUAAAUGAAGAGAAUUUGCUUGCUAAAGAGCAGAAAAAGGAAGAAGAGAGAUUAGCAGAUCUGCGAGCUGUAGAGUAUACACGCAAGAAAUUGGAACGAGAGGCAGAGUAUGAAGCUGAGCAGAUACGAAUAAAGAAAGACAAAGAGAAGGAAGUGGCGCGACUGAGAGCUCUUCAAGAAAGGGACAGAGACCAUAAAGCUGAGCAGGAUGAGAUCAGGGCACGGAGGAACCAAGAAGCGGCUGGAAGGGAAUGGAGAAGAAAAGAGAAAGAGCAGACUUUGAGAAAGCUGGAAGUGGAAGAGAAGCUAAAGGCUACUCGUUUGGAGCAAGUGACUCAUAAGGAGCACUUGCUGUCCAUUGAAGCUGGACGAGAGAGAGCAGAGUUUGAGAGGGUCCUGAGAGCACAACAGGAGCUCAUUGAGAAAGAACGAGAAAGAGAGAGGCAACGGCAUCAACAAAUCCAAAGGCAUGCUGAGGCCGUGAGGCAGCAGGUACGAGAGAGAGAGAUGCAGGCCAUCACCCAGCGAAGAGAGCUGUUCCGAGAGGGGGAGCGGCUGGAAGAGGAGGCACGCAAUCGCAGAGCACGAUUGGAUGAGAUUAAAGAAAAGAAGCUGAUGGAACUCAAGGCAGCUGGGCUAUCAGACAAGUACUACAAGGAUGUGGAGCGUAAGGUUCGAGCCCUUCCAGCGGUUUAAACUGAUGAAUAUAAGAAAUGGAGGAGAUUCUCUAAAUAAACAAAUGUGGCCUGACAUAUAAAACUGUAAAAAUAUUUUUUGCCAGUGGAUUUAUGGAAAAUAUUGCAUUAUCACUUAUGGAAAGAAUAUAACAAAUUAAAGGUUAAACAAAAUAUGUCAAGGAAUCUGUGGCUGCAUGACUCAGUAUAACUCAUUAUAUUAGUGCUUACUGUAUCACAGAAAUAAUAUACUCUACAAGAAAAUAUAUGUGCAAACUGAUUGUAAUAUUUUUGGAAAGUUAAUUGCAUGUUAACUGUAACUAGCUGGGAAACAAUAGUUGGAGUUAUAUUGCAUUACAUACUAAAUAUUUAUAAUUGUUAUAAUUGCAAUGAAAGACAAUGUAAUGUCAUCAUUAUCUUCACCUAAAAUGUUACCAUGAAAUUAAGAAGCUAGGCAGCGACAACAGGAAUAUCUUAAUAUGUUGGUGUUGUGUAUGUGUGUGUUCCCUUUUUGCUCUUAACUUUAUAAAACUUGCUGUCUCUUCUUUAAAUGCUGCAGAUAGUCUACAUCUAUGUAACACAUCUACUGUAAAGAAUAUUUUUACCUAUGCAAGUUAUUUAAACUUCAUAUAAAAUCCAUGACAUAAAUAUGU